AUGUCCGACCCCACCAUGAACAGCCCCGACAGUGUUAACAAACGCAAGCGUGAAGGUUCCGAGGACCUUGGCCACGACGCUCAGCGCCUCAACCGCUCCUCUCACGGAAGCAACGGUAGCAUGGGCCCCGACAACCAGCACAACUUCCACAGCUCCCUCAACUAUGACCAUGGGCUGCCCAACACGGGCUCGGAGGUCCUCAACAUUGACCAGCAGAUCUUGCAACAUGUUGGCCAGGCUCAAAGUGGCAUGUCUGAUGACAAUACCCUCACCGCGAAAGCCGCACUUGCUGCCCACCCUCACAAAUAUCCGCCACCCCCGGAUUCGGCCUUUGACGCCAACAACCUGACUCAGGGGCUCAACUUCCCCGACGACAUGGGCCAGGGACCCAUGUCCGGCGGUCAUAACCACAACUCAACCGCUGCUGCUGUAUACGCCGCGCGUGAGGCCCAAUCCAUGAACUCAAAGCCCACGGUCGGGUCUCCCGAGUGGCACCAGAUUCGCAAGAAUAACCACAAAGAGGUUGAGCGUCGCCGCCGCGAGGCAAUCAACGAAGGCAUUAACCAGAUCUCCCGUCUUGUCCCCAACUGCGAUAAGAACAAGGGCGCGAUCCUACAACGAGCCAUCGAAUAUAUUUGCCAACUCCAGGAUGAGAAGAAGAACAUCGAUGAGCGAUUUGAACAACAUAGUCUCACCACAAAUCAUGCUUUGUCUGAAAUCAGCGCUUCCAACCAGAAGUUGAAGGCCGAAGUUAGCCGACGCAACAACAUGGCCCAGAAGUGGUUGCAGCGCUGCCGUGAUGCCGGCUUGGAAUUUGAUGAUUAUGAGGACGUGAAAGAGCUCGAGACCUUCGACCUGGAGUAA